GCAACUUACAAAAAGAAGUGAAAUCUCAUCAAUUAGAGGUAAGUAGCCAUAUUGACAUUGUAUUGUAUUGUAUUAUAUGUAUCUCACCAAAAUCAUUUUCAUGUAAAAUGUUGCUAAGAUGAAACCAUGAAGCUCGCACUGUCAAAAAGUUAUGAGAUCUCUACGAGCCCUAACUUCACAAACUCUACACGUUAGUUAGUCAAAGUUUCGUUAACGUCAUAUAGGCCUAAGCCGACAAAUUUAUUCACUAUUCAUUACUUUUUGUUGUAGGUUACCACAGUAGUUUAUGUAACGAAACGGCAAAGCCACAUAUUUUGACUAAAGUGUAGAGCUUGUGAAGUUAGGGCUUGUAGAGUUACGAGUAGAAGCUUGGCUCUACAAGAGAUCUGAUAACUUUUGACAGUGCGAGCCUUAUGGUUUCGUCUUGGCAACAUUUUACAUGAAAUUGAUUUUGGUGGGAUACAUAUUUCCGCUUACCUCUAAUUGAAUUCACAAAUAUGUACACAUUCUUUCACCUUAUUGCAAUGGAUUAAGGUGAAGAAAUGCAAACAUAUUUAUUAACUCAACCAUACUCCGUCUACAUCAGUCAAAUCAAGUUAAAAUAUAAUGAUUAUGGCAUUGCACGAGACAAGGAACCCUAACACAGUAGUAAUUAAAUCAAUCUUUAGUAAACACUGGGCAGUUUCGUGGCCGUGUUUAUAUUAGUAUUAUUAGUGGGUCCGAAAGCAAGGCGGUGGUUAGCCCAUUUCGUAAUGUGUGUGUUUGUAAUUGCGCACGCUGCUAUUACCACCUAGCUAUUACCGCAGGGACGCCCGUCGGCAACCUUUGCACCCCUUGAUAUAUCAUUAAGUAAUACAAUUUCAUUUGUGGUGCAGAAAAUUGAGUGUAUUUAUUAUGUAGGUGCGUGCAUAUGUUAUUAAUUACAUAUUUCCACUGGUUCGUUUUUUAUGAGAUGUAAUGUGCUUUUUCAGUACAAUCUAAAUAAGAAGUGACACUAUUUUUACUUGACGGUCAUGUUCAAAUCAUAGAAAAAUUACAAAUUAAAGCGCUUGGCCUGUCAGCUGGAGAAUGUAAAGUCGCAUGAAAGGUUAUAGUGGCGAACAGUUCUAUUGAAGAUGCAUUUAUUUCUCGCGUAGCUAUGAGGUUGCUUGAAACAUCUGGCGAAAUUGAAGUACAAACGUUGUAUUGACUUAUCUUUACCUUGUACUACAAGGUCCCAUGAUGAUAAUAAUGAUGAUACGUAAGUCACCUCACUACACUUACUCAGCCUACGUUAAACUCAUGAAUGAGAGGAAUAUAAGCUAAGUAGAUCACACUAAUUUUAUGGAGUUUUUUAUGGAGUUUUUAUGACCUGAAAUAAAGCCAAUAUUGAUAACACGAACAAAAUAGUGAUACAGUAAUAAUACUCUUGUCAUUGCUAAAAAAACUCUUGAUCUUCUGAUAAGUAUUUCAUCAAAAGGUAUAACACGCGCCCGUAAAAAUAACGUAAAACAUAAUAAUAUGAUAUUAAACAUGACCUUGAAAACCUCUGACCUUAUUUCAAAGACGUCUGAGGUUUACAAUCUUACAAUGAUUUAAUGGCUCAUUAAAACGCUUCUAUAAAAUUCCUGAACAGGCGGCAAAAUGUUGUGCGCCCCUCAAAUCUGUCGCGUAAGCUCUUAUUAUAUAGACACACAACAAUUCAUUUUCGUAUUGAAUCAGUUCAAGUCCAACCUUCUUGUGGGAAAAUAGCAAAACAUGGGAAUUAUUGAGAAAAACGUGAAUUUUUCGGUGAGCGUGUCGAUCACGGCGCUGAAGCUGUUCGGGUUCUGGGCGCCGGAGGGCCUCACUAGAGAACAGAACAUCUUGUAUAAUUGUUAUGGCUUUCUCUCCUUUAUGUUUCUGUUAGGUACAUACCUGAUCAUCCAGGUGGUGGACCUGUUCCUAAUCUGGGGCGAUGUGGCGCUGAUGACGGGCACGGCCUUCGUGCUGUUCACCAACCUGGCGCAGACCACCAAGAUCGUUGCUGUAGUGGCGCGCGCGGGGACCCUGCGGCCUCUAGUCGGCAGCGCGGAUACAUUGUUGGCGGCAGAGACAGGGCCCGGCAAGAAGAUCGUUGACAGUUGCAACCGAGAGACGUGGCAACAGCAACUGGUCUACUUCUGCUUGACGACGGUGACGGUGGCGGGCUGGGCCGGCAGCGCCGAGAAGAACCAGCUGCCUUUGCGCGCCUGGUACCCGUACGACACGUCGGUGUCACCGGCGUACGAGCUGACGUACCUACACCAGGUGGGCGCGCUGUUCGCCGCCGCCUACCUCAACGUGGGCAAGGACACGCUCGUGACCUGCCUCAUCGCGCAGACGCGCUGCCAGCUACAGCUCGCCGCGCUGCGCCUCGCUAGCCUCACGGACGACCUCACGCCCACCGCGCAGGGCACUCUGACAGCGGAGCAAGAAGCGGAGGCGUGGUCGCGACUGGAAGUAGCGGCGCGGCGGCACCAGGAGGCCCUCCAUGCGGCCGCACAGCUGCAGGCAUGCUUCUCCGCGCCCGUGUUCGCGCAGUUCGGCGUAUCCAUGCUCAUCAUCUGCGUGACGGCCUUCCAACUGACCGCGCAAAAUGGAAACUUGGUCCGUCUGGCGUCAAUGGGCACGUAUCUGUUGAACAUGAUGUUUCAAGUCUUCAUAUACUGUUACCAAGGCAAUCAGCUUUCAGGAGAGAGCAUGGACAUCGCGACGGCGGCCUACUCGUGCGGGUGGACUGCGUGCGGAGUGCGGCUGCGGCGCGGCUUGCUGCUGGCCAUGGUGCGCGCGCGCAGGGCGGCCAGGCUGUCCGCCGGCGGAUUCGCGACCUUAUCCCUUGCGUCCUUUAUGGCAAUAGUGAAGACUUCGUACUCUCUGUUCACCGUGCUGCAGCAGGCCGACGAGCAGAAAUAAAACGGAAGCGUGGUAGAAGCGGUUAAAUUCAACUCUGUUCCAAUUGAAUAUGGUUUAAAUUUCAUCUAACUGAAUUAGUCCUAUAGGGCCUACUUAGGAGGCUCUGGUGCUACUUUACCGCGAUAAUUAGCACGUUAUGUAACUAUGUCGAAAAUAAAAAGGGCUAAGUACUUAGUAAGUUUUAUUAUGUUUGUUUAUUUCUUAAAGGCUAUUUGUGCUGUAAAAGGUUGUACGAUACAUAUGCGAAUAGGUAAUUAAAAAAAAUAUUUAUCGUACUUGUAAAAUUAAAAAACUUGUAUCGUAAUGUACUAUUAUGUGAUCCCUUUUACCUGUCCUUUAGUAAUGAGGACACGAAGUGAUUAUUAAGCAUUAAAUCUAAUUUAAUAUCAAUACUGGAUAAGCACUAUCGCCUGCUAUCGCAACCGGGUGUUGGGUAUUACGAUAUGAGCCACCGGAGCGCCGAGUGCCCCACGAGAGCACGAGUGGCCGGCGUGGGCGGGGCCGCGCGCGCCGCGCGUCGCUCCGCGGCCGUGU